AAUUCAUGUAUAUGUACUAUAUCAUUUGUUGGUGGACUUUGACACCUCAUCUGACUGUUUAAUGAACACAGUUGUAGAUAAAGUUAAUUAUCUGCUGUUCAAGAUACAGUCUAUGUAGGCGAGAAGCAACAAAAAAAGAAGACUGUAUAAUCAUGGACUUACCUGAGGAUUUAGAUAAUCCAAGAGAGAAGGCAUGGACUCGGCAACAUGGACGCCUUCAGAAUCGUACCGGUCGCAGAGACUUCACUCAGCCACAUCCACACCGACCUCAGUCACACACAAGCAGCAUGGCAGAGCAGGGUGGGGCCAGUGGAGGAGGGGUCAGUUUCACCUCCAGCUGGGGUAAGGACCUCUCGGACAGUGCUAGGAAGCGUUACCUGGAGAGCAUGAUGCAGGGGAUCAUGGAGAUGGGGAUGGAGGGACAAAACUCAGACAUUGAUAUCAUCGUGGAGGGACAGAGUUUUCCUUGUCAUAAACUCCUACUGGCUGCAGGUUCUCCAUAUUUUAAAUCCAUGUUUAGUUCUGGCAUGAUGGAGACACAUGGCAGUCGUCUGGAGCUUCCUGAUAUAGAGAAAGAGACUUUUGCUGCAUUCCGAGAGUACAUAUACACAGGCAAUGAGAAUAUCACCCAGGAUAAUGUUGUUGAGUUACUCCGCGCAGCUGCCAUAUUUCAGGUUGAAGGGCUUCAAAAGAGCUGUGAACAAUUUCUUGGGACUGGAAUGGACAACGAUAACUGCUUGGAAUUGUUCAAAAUCUCCAGAACGUUUGGUUGCCAUACUCUUUUCGAGCAGUGUAAGCCAUAUGUGUUGGAAGGGUUUAACGGACUGUGGAAGACUCAAGAGUUUAUGGAACUGGAGUUUGAUGAAGUGGAGAGUAUUGUUAAGGAUGACAAUUUAGUUCCUGUUAAUGAAGAAGAAAUAUGUGAAGCAGUUCUACGCUGGGUGAAACAUGAUAGAGAAAACAGAAAAUCAUUUAUCGGGAAAUUGUUUCGCUACAUCAGGAUGAUCCAGAUCAGUCCGGAGUACCUGAUUCAUGAGCUCUAUGUUGAUGACCUACUAACAGAUGAUCACACUUGCCAGAGGUACCUGGAUGAAGCCAGAAACUUCCACAUGCUUCCUGCUCGGCAACAGGAGUAUUGCUCUUCUAGGUUCCAGCUCAGAAACAGUGAUGACCUAGAGGAAGUGAUUCUGAUUAUAACAGAAUUCGACAUGGAAAAAACGGCUCAGAUGUACCAGGAUGGCAAGUGUCUGUGGGCCUUCAGCUUUCAGCAGGAGAGAUGGUAUACAAUAGCUCCAAUGCCCAUGGAUUUUAAUCCUGGAUUAGAAUUCCGGAUGGUGUCCUUCAGGAAUGAUCUUUAUCUUGGAGGUGGGACAAAUCACUCCAAAAACCUGCUCCAUUAUGACAAUGAGAGAAACGAAUGGACUCUCUGUGAGGCCAGUAUGAAGAGGGGGAGAUGUGGACAUGUCAUGGCUGCUGUUAGGGAAUCCAUCUUCAUGAUAGCAGGCAGAAAUCCCAAGUCAAGGCCAGAAAACAGUUCCCAUGUACUGAGCACCGUGGAGGCCUAUAACAUCCGGAGUCGCAAAUGGGAGAGCAUUGGGGAGGUACCUACAGCUGUACAUUCAGCUUCUUCCCUUGUCAUGGGGGAGAAGAUAUUUAUUUUUGGAGGAAUACAACAAGAUGGAACAUGGACCAGUGACAUUCAAGUCUUUGACACCAGGAAACGAGAAUCGUCCAUUAUUUCUCAGAUUCCUAGCAACAUCCCUCAACCUCUUAAAUUAGUAAAAUUAGGCAGUGAUUAUAUCAUUGUAUCUGACUGCCAGCUUUAUAGAGUAAACAUUAGGAAGAUAAAUGAAGAGAAGAUAAAAGUAGAAAUAAAAUCCCUUAAUCAAACCCUGUCUAAAACUUUACGUCCUGUCUUAGAAGUAGCAAACUACCGUGGGAAAUUGGCUGUUUUGACGAGUAGUACAAAGAAACCUGACGUUUAUUCUAAAAUGACGCUGGUUGACAUAAGUCAAUCACCAAUGACAGAGACAGCAGUCAGUAUUAGCUCCAAAAAUACCACUAUACCUAAACCAGUUCUUUCCUGUCAUAAAGGGAUUAUUGAUAAACAAUACAUGUACCACACUUACUAUCACACUAUGGCUGAAUCAAGGCUGCCCGGCGAAGGGAGCAAAUUGGGUAUGGGCCAGUCAUUUCUCAACAGCAUGUCUGAGAGUGCGAGGAAGCGCUACCUAGAGAGCAUGAUGGCGGGUAUCAUGGAGAUGGGAAUGGAGGGAGAGAACUCUGACGUGGAGAUUAUAGUGGAGGGAGAGAGCUUUCCUUGCCACAAACUCCUACUGGCUGCAGGUUCGCCAUAUUUUAAGUCAAUGUUUAAUUCUGGGAUGUUAGAGACAACUAGCAAAACCUUGGAGCUACCAGACAUUCAAAAAGCCACAUUUAAGGCAUUUAGAACCUACAUAUACACAGGUCAGGAGGAUAUAAACAGCGAGAAUGUGGUUGAACUACUGAGGGCAGCCGCUAUAUUUCAGGUACAGGCUUUACAAGAUUCCUGUGAAGAAUAUCUCAGCAAGGAAAUGGAUACAGAAAACUGCCUUGAAGUCUUCAAACUGGCUCGUCAGUUUGGAGGCAAAAUCCUACUCGAGAAAUGUCGCCCUUAUGUGAUGGAGGGUUUCAAUGGUUUGUGGAAAACCAAAGAAUUUGAUGAUCUUGAUGUGGAUGACAUUUUGGACAUCGUCAAAGACGAUGAUCUGGUUCCAGUGGAUGAGGAACAAAUAUGUGAGGCCGUAAUCCGCUGGGUGAAAGCGGAUAAAAAACACAGGGAGGAUCACAUUGACAAACUGUUUAGAUACGUGAGAUUAGUUAAAAUUAGUCCGGAGUAUCUUCUGGCUGAAUUAUAUAGUGAGGACUUAUUGACAGAAGACGUCAAUUGUUGCAGGAUGUUGGAUGAAGCCCGGGACUAUCACAUGCUGCCAGCCAGACAACAAGAGUUCUGCUCCACCAGAUUUCACCUGCGCAAUAGUGAUGACUUUGAGGAGGUUACUAUGGUGAUUACGGAGUAUGACAUGGAGAGAUCUGGAUCAUUCUAUCAGGAUGGCAAGUGCUUGUGGGCUUUCAGUUUUAACCAGAACCGUUGGUACACACUGGCACCAAUCCCACUGGACAAAAACCCUGGGAUGGACUUCCAAAUGAUAACCUACAGAAGUGACUUGUAUCUGUCAGGAGGAACAAACAAUUCAAAGAACUUGCUGCAUUACGAUGCAGAGAGAAAUGAGUGGAACUUGGUGGAAGCUCAGAUGAAGCGAGGUCGCUCCUGCCACAUCAUGGUAGCUGUGAGGGAAUCUAUAUAUAUCAUCGGGGGGAAAAAUCCAAAAGCCAAGGAAGGAAAAAAUGUGUUGAGUUCUAUUGAGGAGUAUAGCAUCAGGGGACGGAGAUGGAGAGCCAUGGGUGAGCUAAUGACACCAGUCCAUUCUGCAGCCUCUACAGUGAUCGGAGAAAGGAUUUAUAUUUUUGGUGGAAUCGAUCAAAAUGGGACUUAUGUCAGAGACAUACAGGUGUUUGAAAUCCGAACGAGGGAAUGCAAAGUUGUUGGUCAACUGGAUCUGGAGCAGCCGGUUGCUGUGUCUUCAUUUGGACGUCUGAAUUUCAUUAUAAAUGCCAAGGGUGACAUAAUAAAGUUUGAUAUCAUGAAAAAGGAUGAGGAUUACAAACUGAAUUUCAAGCCUCUGAUGAAACUCUCGCCCUCCUAUCUGCCUCUAUUAGGGUUCACCCAUUACAGGGGUAGGAUUUUACUGCUCUCAGCCAGCCAGAACAAAAAAGAUGCAUUCUCACAAAUGAUACAGAUAGAUAUGAGGAAAUCGUCAAUGAGAGCAGAGGUGGUAACUCCUCGGAACAAUACAAAACCAAAACCUAUACAUGCCUGCACACGGAACAUCAUCAAUAAGCAGUUCUUAUAUCACACUUACUUUCAAUAAUACUGAUUGCUCAGCAUCCAUUUUAGAAGUUAAUCAUGAUAUGAGGUGUUAUUGUCUGAAACAGAGUUAUUUUUCAUUAAAAAAGCUUUUUGAAACUUAUUUUAUUACCUUUUUAUAUCAGCCAUUUUCAUUUGUGCUAAUUGUUUGCAAGUUUUUACACAAGUGUUUUAUUUUGAACCCAAUCCAUUACAUCCUUCAUAUUACCUCAAAGACAGCCAACUACCUGUACAUUACAGUAUUUCAUUUCGGCAUUUUGGCAGAAUUUUUUUUACUUUUGUAACUUUUAUUUUCUGUACAACCAUGAAUGUGCAUGCAAUUUUGAUUGUCAAACUUUUUAUUUUUAUUUUUUUGUAAUCCCCCUUCUCUUUACUGCAUCUCUUUUUUUAAAAAUUGCUUAAUAUGUUUAACAAGGCUGAAAAUUAUGUAAUGUUUUUUGAAGAUUUUUCAUUUUUAGCUGCAUUUAUUUAUGAAUAUAAGACUAUAUGUAAAGGGGUUAAGCAUUUGAAUGUGUGCGUCCACAGGUACGUGUGAAGCUACAAGUAUAUUUACACGUACACAUACAAAUAAGGUUAUGUUUGAUAAACUGAGCGUGUAAGCAAACAUGUAAAAUAAUUAAAUUUAACAUUUUCAACAUUUCAGUUACUCUCACUGGUUAUCAAAAAAUUUUCAAAAUUCAAAAAAUUUAUCAAAAACCAAAAGCACAGGAGUCUUCCUCAAUUUAUUGUUUGCUUUAUAUAAAACAACGUUUGUUAUGCACAAAGUUUAUAUUUUUUUUUUUUUAUUCCAAAAGAUUUUCACCUCCUUGUACUUUUGAUUCUACACCAUUUUGUACAACUUGUAGAAUUACGCAGUAUGCAGAAAUUAGGAUGUAAUACUUGUAAAAUUAGGGAAUUCCCCUAGUUACAAAUACUAGUACACGUACACAUUCAAAUGCUUAACCUCUCUUAUAAUGCAGUCAAUAAAUUUAGUUGAUGCAGAAAUAUAUGGGGACAUAGUACAGCAUACUUUUAAUGAUAUCAGUAUUGAGAACGAUACACCAAGGAUCAUUAUGGGUUCUGAAAUUUACAUUUCUAUGAGGAAUAUGGGAUCUGGCCCUUAUACAAAUUACCUUUUUUUUUUUCUUUUUUUUUUUUUAAACACAUCUAUAAAGAAAUUCAAUUUGUAGUGUUAUCUCAGACAUUAAAAUGUAAAUUUCUAUGGUAAGGGCAGAUGGUUACCAUAGUUGAUGUAAAGAAAAAUUUUAAAUUAAGAUGUUUCUGCACUUACUGUAAGUUCAAAUGUGAAUUUUUUUACUUCAAGUUUUGAUUAAUUUUAAAAUUAAUUAAUACAGAAAUUAUUAAUUAAGGAGGAGAAUCAUGGCAGAUUUUCAUCUCAUUAUGAAACAUUCCAUGGUUAAUAUUUGUUAUAAGUACAUUAGGUAAUUUCUUGUUGUAAUACGGUUUUAUUCCAGAUUUUUUCGUAUGUUGAUUCUCUGUUAGUCUAUUUCCCUCAACAAUCUGUGUUUAAAUCCCUUUGUAAGAUGUACCACAUACUGUAAACAUAUUAUAUUUGGCUGUGUAUCCUUUUUAGUGUUUUGGCAUAAAGCAGCUUCCAUUUAAUUUCAAGUACAUAGCUAAGUGCCAUGCAUGUAUGUAUGUUCAUAUUUAAGAAAAGAAAUGAUUGGGAACAUGCUAAUUCAAAUUCAUGUCAUUUUGUUGAAAAGCUGUUGUCCGCCAAAAACGUACAAAUAUAUGCCAUAUAUACAUGUGUAUAUAUUUAGAGUACUUUGUAUAGAUACAAAAAAGGGCACCUGAUUUUUGGUUUUUAUAAUUGAUUUCAACAAUGUUUUUUACUGGCUAAAUGGCUGAAUUGCAAACAUGAUGACUAAACCUCUAUUGCCAAUGCUUUAUCUGUGAGUUCACCAAGCCAAUAUUCUCUCCUGACUAUAUUCCAUUUAAAGCUGUAUGUCUUUCAAGAAUGUUUUGACCAAUAAAAAAGUCUCUGGA